AUGUCCACGGGCGGCACGGGCUCCAUGGGAGGCGCGGGCACCGCGGGCUGCGCGGGCGUCGCGGGCCCCGGCGCGGGGGGCGCGGGCGGCAUGGGCCACGCGGCCCAGGGCGCGGCCGGCGUGGGAGGAAGCAGGGGAGGCGCUGGGAGGGGCGGCGCGGGAGGCAACAGGGGUCGUGCCCGCAUCUCUAGUCUUCCGAAAUCGGAUGUGCCGGGUUCUGGAAAAUUCAAGAACAAAGCGCUGCAAAAUAAAGACUUCCACACUGCAAAGAUUUCGGGUUCUGUGCAUGACACCACUGUGUUGUAUAAUGCAAUGAAGUUGGAUCGAAAGUUCUUCCCACACCCUCCCAAGGGUAGGUAA